ACGCUUCAGACCCGCAGCCUCUUCACUUGAGUCGGACACGUUGUGAGGGAACACCCGCCGGUGGUGAAGCUCCUGUCCGGUGUCUGUUUCAACUUGUGCUCCGCGGCUGUGGAGCGACCGGCGGCGGGGGUCAGAGGAGGAGGAGGAGGAGGAGGAGGAGGAUGGACCGGUCCCGUUAGACAGCCGUCCCCCGCCUCGAGGCCAUGGGCUGCGGCUUGAGGAAGCUGGAGGAGCCGGAGGACCGCAGCCCCGGGAAGAUCUACUCCACCCUGAAGCGGCCGCAGGUGGAGGCGAGGGGCGACCCCGUGUACGAGUACGUGCUGCUGGACUUCAGCCUGGAGGGAAGCCGUCCCACGGUCCAGUAUGUGGCGUCUCUGUCCGAGCUGCCCCAGGCCCUGCAGCCCUACUACACUCAAGGCUACGUCCUGACCGCCCUGCACCCCAUCAUCCUGUCUGUGGGCCGGACGCGCUCGCUGCCCUUCAGCCUGCUGUACCGCGCCAUCCUGACCCGUCCCAGAACCAGCAGGCAGAUGUCGUCCCUGUAUCACACUGUUCCGGUGCUGAGGGUGGAGGAGUGGCCGUUACCUGGAGACUCGCUGACGGGCGACACUGUCCGGGCGCUCAUCGACAGGGUGAACAGCAGCGCCCGAGGGGGCGUUCGAUUCGUGGGCUCCGUCCUCCAGCAGGUGAGCGGGAUCACGAACGGCAGGGUCCACAGCCCGAAGAGGGGCUGUCGCUCCCCCCCACGCAGCCCUCCGCGGACUCCGCCCGGAGACAGAGAGCUGGAGGAGAACACCUACAGUCCCGACCUGAGGUUGUUCGUCUUCUUCCACUCCUGGGCCCCGGGCUGUGCUCCUCUGGACUCUCUGGCCUGUCAGUACCACCAGGGGGCGCUCUCCAUGCGCGUCUCCAGGAAGGGUCAGGUGGUCAGCGCCCUGGAGGCCGACUGGCUGGAGCUGACCGCCGCCUACUACCGCAAAGGCUGGUCGCUGGUGGACUCCUUCGUCUACUGGGACACGCCCAAAGGUCGGUUGACUUCAGGCGAGCCGGUGCCCAGAUCACUGGAGGGCUUGUUUGUGUACGAGGAGAGAAGCACCUCCCCUCCCGCCAACGACACCAUCGUCGUCGAGCAGUGGACGGUGAUCGAGGAGUCCAGCGUGAAGACGGACUACGGGCCCCUCCUUCACACCCUGGCUGAGUUCGGCUGGCUGCUCACAUGUGUGCUGCCCACGCCCAUCAUCCGACACGACAGCGACGGGAACCUGGCAACCAAGCAGGUGGUGUUUCUGCAGAGGCCCGUCAGGGGUCAAACAGCGGGACAACAGAAGAACCAGCCUCUGUCCGUGCACAGCGACGUGUCCAGUCGCUCCGUCAGCCGCUCGGUGAGCAGCGCCACCGUCCCUCCGGAGGAGCUCUCCUCUGCCGCGGGAGGCAUCGGGGGCUUCCCGGUGUUCGGAGGGGGGUACCCCAGCGCCAUGUCCCACCUGGAGGAAGGCGGCUUCGAGCAGGAGGAGGGGAAGGCCGAGGUCACCUGUAUGUAACAGGAAAACAGACGGAUGCACUGACGGAGGUGCAACCUGCUUCCUGGAGUUUAACUUAAUAGUGUUGGAUUCAUGGAGACCAGAAGAAAGACUGGAGCUCUCCACAGACUCGUCAUUCGGCGUCUAUUCUCUUGAAAGAAUUUUUUUUACUGAAGCCAUAAUGAGGAUUUUAUCGUAAGUGGAAGUGUCCAAACCUUUACGUAGAUCAGUCGGGGGAGAGAAACCAGAAACAUUUUCAGAUUCGGUUCAGGUGCUGGUGGGGAAUUAGUUCCAGAAAUAUAAAGCACAAACACUUGCACAGAUUUCUGCACAUUAUGGAAUCAACACUGGUGGUGGAACAAGGGACGAGGACUAUUUUUGACCUAUCUCACAUAUCUCUGUUUUGAUUUUUUUCACAGCCUAACACUUUUUUAACACCUUUUCAUCUCAGGUGUGAUGGAGAUGACUCUCUGACGUCGUACACUUCAUAAUCGCUCUGGAAGUGUUAACCUCUUCUCAUGAAUACAUUUGACAGUAUUAUUUAACGUCGUCAGCUGUUAUUAACGUCCAUGUUACAUUUCCUUCUGCGUAUUGCUGCUGUAGACGAUGGUACUGACUGGCCCUGUUCAGAAGGUCCCACAGAAACCAUCGGGACAGUCUGAUGAUAUUUAAGAAUGUUCUCAUUGUAAGACAAGUCCAUGAAAAUGCCAAAAUCAAGAAUGAAUUGAUGAAAGUUCACGUCGGUGUUUAAAAACUAUUUUUGAGCUUUUUCAUUUGUGGGAUCUUCUGGAACUUUCUACUCAAAAUGCAUCGAUGUUUCAAAUAUGUUUUCUGACUAAGCUCUUCAGGGACAAAUACAUUAUUUUAUUGAAGGUGAUUGACCAGUCACACUUGAAGUGCGACUGCAUGAGUGUAAAGACAGUUGAGACCCAACACGUCUUUUCAUAGUUCAUGUUAGAGAAGUAAAUAAAAAAAUUCCAGUUCAUAUCCUGAUAGUUUCCUUGAAAAAAACAUAAUUUGUGCUAAUUCCAGUUAAAUGAUAGAUGAACUUCGUUAUUUCUAAACAAGCAGGAACUUGAAACUUUAACUCAGACCACAGUUGAGCUACAACUUGAACAGUGAAUCGUACCAGGAAAAUGUAAAGACGCGAUUUGGAAAUAAUGGACUUGUAAAAUAAUUUUUCUUUUUUAAGCUAUGGAAGGUCAAUGUUGUAAAUAUCUUAGACGUUGUCAUUCAUAACUGUAAAUUUUGGUUUCAACUCAUUGUGAUGCACAUUUUUAUUUUUGUCAUAACAGGAAGUGCAGAGCUGCAACUACUGAUUAUUUGCAUUAUUGAUCUAUCAAAGACAAUAGUUAUAAUUUCCGACAGUCAUAUUUCAUCUGACAAACAAUCCAAAACAUACUCAAUAUAUCAUGCCACUCAAAAAAAUCCUUCAAUGCUUCUCAUAUUUUAGAAGCUGGAAAUGAGCAAAUAUUUUGGUUUUAGUUAUUUGAUUAUUCAAUGAUAAAAAGAAUUAUAAUUUCUGUCCGUUGCAGGUCUAAUCAAAGUCAGUAUUAAUAUUUUCCUUCUUGGAGAGUUUGUAAUUUUUGCUUUAUUGUUGGUGUUAUUUUUAAAAUCGUAUUAAACAUUUAUUUCCUGUGGUUUGAGAGUCGUCUCCUAUUAACAGUUAUCUUCCACUGCUCAAUCUUCUUCACCGUUAUGACUCUUUCAAUUUGUUUUCAGAAACGCUGCUGCGUCGUCCACUAACGUGUUGUCAUUUUAAAACAAACUAUCUCAGAGCGUUUUAGCUCUAUAGCUGAAAUAAUCUCCGUCCAUACCAACACCACAUGACUGUUUGGGUACACUGUUGAAAAUAAAGAAUUACGUACCAUCCGUUA